GAAUGGUAAUUCAUCCCUUGCUGGUAUAGGACAGCUUGGGUUGUCGUUUUCCUAUUCGUUGGGCCAGUGUAUCCUUAUUUUGUAGCCAAUCAGAACAUCUUCUUUUACCUGCUAUCAUUAAAGCAUGGAGUCGAGUCCAGUGGCCCAAACCAUCAAUGCUGACCAGAUAGCUAUACAGACAAUACAAGCAGCCCAACAACAAGGAAAUGUCCAGGUUACACAGGCUGGACACGUACAACAGGCUGCUCAAGUUUUUCAAGUGAGCGGUGGUCAGAUCCUACAGACAGCUUCAGGAGGGCAGCAAAUUAUGUUGCAGUUACCGCAGCAUCAGCUGCAACAGUUACAGCUUGGACAGACAGCCAUUCAAAUACCAGUAUCCGGAUCACAGGUACAGCAGGUUCAGGUCAUACAACCUCAGCAAAUUCAAGUUCAGGCCGGGCAGCAAAUACAACAAGUACAAAGCCAAACAGGACAGCCUCAACAGAUCAUCAUUCAACAGCAACAGCCAGCACAACAAGGCAAUCAACUCGCACAGUAUCAGCAGUUCAUUACUGCCGAUGGACAAACAGUGUUAUAUCAACCAGUACAAGCAACUGAUAAUUCACAGACACAGAUACUUCAACAAGUGCAGCAAAUACAAGCAGGGAAUACUGUGCAGAUACCACAAUCUGUGACUGCUGCAACACCCACUGCUGCAACAACUACUACUACUACUGCCACUAACUCAUCAAAUGUGAUCACCGUACCUGUUAGCUCAACCUCAUCAGGUGGUAUGGUUAUGAUGGUACCUGGUGCAGGGGGAGUGCAGACAAUGCAAAGAAUACCAUUGCCUGGGGCAGAACUAUUGGAGGAAGAGCCACUCUAUGUUAACGCUAAGCAGUAUCAUCGGAUUUUAAAAAGGAGACAGGCAAGAGCUAAACUAGAAGCAGAAGGAAAAAUUCCCAAAGAAAGGAAGAAAUAUUUACAUGAAUCACGACAUAAACAUGCGAUGAACCGUGUCAGAGGAGAUGGUGGAAGAUUCCAUUCUCUCAUAGAAAAUGAAUCUGCGGAUGGAAUCGGUCUAGAUGUAGCACAGAACGGAUCAUCUGUGGAUACGAAUGCACUGCCGUUACAUCUUGAUGUCUCAGCCGAUCCUGGAAUAAUGAAUGCCCAUGUCAUUAUGGAACAUUCUGCUGAUUUAGUCGGGGUUCCAACAACUGACGGUGCACACAAUGGAGAUCACUAGCUAAAUCAUCAUCAAAUCAAUGAACAAUGAUUUUAUUGUAUCCAGUAUUGUCACUUUUAGCUACACUUACCUGCUGAAGAUUGCAUCAUCUAGUGUCAGUCAUGUGACUUAAAUCAUGUGACCCAUGAUUGGAAUUGAUAGCAUAGGUUUCUCAUCAUAACAUUGUCUGGUUAUAUCUCAAAUCACUCUCUGCCAUUAAAAUUAAAACAGAGAUCACAUUUUAACAAAACAUUAAUAUUGCUCAUACAGAAUUACAUGAAUAUUCAGUCUGCACACCAGUCGCUUCAAUGCUGUGGGAUCCAGGGGUCUCUAUUACCCUGGUACAUUCUGUUGGUGCUGCAUCAUUGUAAGAAAUUCUUUAUACUAAAGAAAACAAUUCUUUUCACAUUCUUUUGCUAUUCGACUUGUAUUAGCUUACUUCAUUUUAAAUUUAACCCUGGUACUUUAAAUAAUUGGUUACAAUUGAUGUUGUAAGUCUCAAUUAAUUUCUCAAACUCAUUGAAUAAUCAGUAAUAUACUGUAA